AUGAAACCAUUUCAUCGCGCAUCUUCCCUACUCACAACCCUACUUGGCAUACAACGAACCUCUGCGCAACAGCCCUCUUCUUCUAGCAACGCGACGUUCAAUCCUCUCCAAGGCAUACAGCAAGAUCCCCUAUCAUCCUACGCUAGCAACAUGACGCGUCUUGCACCUGUGAUUUCCGUCUCCCACGGCGGAGGCCCCAUGCCGCUUCUCGGUGACCCAUCCCAUACGGCCAUUACAAACUCGCUCAAGACACGAGUACCCAAGAUCCUCAAGCUGGGCACGCCAGACGCACCCAAAGCAAUCGUACUAGUCACAGCUCAUUGGUCUACAACAAAGGUCACCAUCUCCAGCGGCUCCAAACACGAGUUGCUGUACGACUACUAUGGCUUCCCACCCGAGUCCUACCAAAUCAAGCACGAUGCGCCUGGUAGUCCAGAGGUGGCAGAUCAAGUCGCCAAGGCACUCAGCGAAGCAGGUAUCGAAUGCGAAAAAGAUCCCAAGAGACCAUGGGACCACGGCGUCUUCGUCCCAAUGAAACUCGUCGAUCCUUCCGCCUCAACCCCCAUAGUCCAACUCUCAGUCCUCUCCUCCGAAUCUGUCGCGCAAUCCUACGCCAUCGGUCGCGCCUUGGCCACUCUCCGCAGCCAAAACAUUGCUAUCGUCGGUUCCGGCUUCGCUACCUUCCACAACCUACGCUUGUUCCGCCAACUCGCCACUCCAUCGCUCCAGGCGCAGACUGCAGAGUGGAGCACGUACGUUACGGAUGCUGCGAUGACGGACGACGAUGCGAGGAGAGAGGAGAAGUUUCUCCAGUGGAGGAAAUGGCCGCACGCGUACACUACGCAUCCGAAUGGCGGCGCUGAGCACUUUUUGCCACUGAUUGUUUGUGCAGGAGCCGCCGGUACGACCAAGGGAAAGAGUUAUGCAGAUGGACUGUUUGGCACGGAUAUGUGGAGUUAUUACUGGGACGAGGAGUGA